GUAGAUAGUUUGUUGUCGUUUGUUGUACCAGGAAACAUAUCGCACGUUAGCUCGUUUUUGUCUUCAAUGUAUUUUGUUCCGUAAAAUUACAACAUUUUAGUCAGGUUCUCAAUAGUAUUCGCUGCUAAUAUAUAAUUAAGCUACUGCAGUAGUAAGGCGUAUCUUAAAUAGGGACUGGCCACCUGCUGGUGGUGUUUUUGGCUUGCUAUGCUGCUGUAGUCAGCUAACCCACAACAGCAAGGUGCAGGAUGAAAGCCAUUAUAAUCAGGCAGUGUGUUGUUCUUCAUGGAGCCAGACAAUCAUGUCUCUGAUCUUCUUUGCCUUUGUGGUUCGGGUCAGGGAUGGACUCCCCCUGUCAGCUUCCACAGACUUUGAGCACAACCGAGAGCUCCAGGAGAGGAAGCAGCAGCUCAGGACUGUCAGCAAAGCACUGGCACGUUUCCCUGACAGAGGCUCCAUCAAGGGACAGGAGCUCAACAUAUACUUCAUCUCUUCCGAGGGUGUAUCCUACAUGACCGUGUGCCACUGCAGCCUCCCUGUUGCUAAGGCCUUCUGCUUCCUGGAAGAUCUGCGCUGGGAGUUCACAGCAUGCUUCAAUAGCACUGUUGUUGCCUUGGCAGCCAGGCCAUAUCCAUUUUUGGAAUUUGACGGCACCAUACAGAAACUGAAGCAGCAAUAUAACCAGAGUGGUGGUCCGGCCCUGGAGGUGACAUUGGCAGAGGUUCAAGAGGAUCUGAGGAUUCAUCCACUGCAAGUAAUUAACUUGGAUGAGGUGGAGCUCACUAAUGGCACUGCAAAUGGACACAUAGAGCAAGGUCUUGGAUCGGGUCAGAAUGUGAGACUUGAGCCUGUGACAGCUCCAGGCAUCCUCUCGCUCGUCCUAAACAUCAUGUGUGCAUCGUUGAACAUAAUUCGUGGUGUGCACCUCGUAGAGAACACAUUUCAGGAUGAUUAUGAAGGUAUAUGGAAUGUUGUGGCUUUUCUUGUGGCGUUUGUCUGCUGUGUGCUUCAGUGCCAACUGUACCUGUUCCACUCGUCUCUAAAAAGAAUGAAGUCCUUGACUCUGCUGGCUGUGGUCGUCCUAUGCAACUUGUACCUGCUCGGCUUGAGGAACAUCUGGCAGCUGAUCUUCCACAUUUCCGUCUCGUCCCUCUCGACCGUCCUCAUCCUCACCCGUAAAUUGCAAGACAGACCCAAUGACUGUGGCGUCUGAGGAGCACAGGACACUAAACUGUGUCUCCAGGUGAGGGGAAAACAGCGAGGCAAGUUAUGGAGGGUGAUGAAGAUGCUCCUGGCCUUUAACAAAAAAAAAAACAAAUUCAUGAACUUUGUUUCAUCAGAGAAAAGUACGCGUUAACUUGCACUAUGUGUAAAUUGAUUCCAAGACUGACUUCUGUCUGAGAGUUGACCAAAGUUUUUCACAUAGAAGCAACUUUGUUGAUUAUCUUUGUAUAAUCAAUUCUCAAAGUUAGGUGAGGAUUUUUGCGAUUGUAACAGACACAUGUAGGCUUAGUUUACUUUUGAAAAACACACAUGAUUAUUUAUGAGAAGAUGAAGUCGUCCAUUGUGCAUUAGUGGCAGUGUGAUAUUUAGAAUAAUUUGUUUAGUUUAAUUAAAAUCUGAAGUAAAGUGGGAAAUGCAGGUGUUUUAUUUGUUUUAAAUUAACUCUAGAGUUAAAGGUAUAAAUGUUAAAUUACGGCUUGUGUUAUGCCUUGCCAUGUCGCAAUAAAACACACAUUAAACAACUUAACCUAUGUACAGAUUAAAUGUAAGCGCCUCACUGAAAUGACAUUCAAUACAGAGAGGACCUUAUAAAGACAUAUCAAAUAAUAUCAUAUUAUUUUAAACACUUCUACUCUCAAGAGGAAUUAAAUCACUUAAUCUCCUGUUAAGUCCGGUUUGUACAAUCGGAGAAUAUUUAGAUCUUUUACUUCCAUCUUAUUCUACUAAUCUCUUCAUUGUUCAAAUGUGGGUAAGGAUAUGAAAGCAAAGAUAAGGAAAAAUUGCACUAUUGUGUUUAAAAAAAAGUCCUGCUGUUGUGAAUGUGUUGCUUAUUGGGUUCAGCGAAAACAUUUUUAUCCCAGUAAAUUUGUAUUUGAAUAUAGGACAUAUCAUGGUCUCCUUUAGGGGUAACAUUUUGUGUGUUUUGCUUCUUAGAUAUUUUAGUUUUUAACUGCUGAAAAGUUGCACUCCGGGAAAUACGAUGUUAGUUGUAAUAAAAUAAAUGUGUGGUGGCUACUGGGGAACUUUAAAAUAUAAUUUUAAUGAAUGUUUUGUUUCUUUUCAUUAAGAAGUUUAGAGGGAAAUUAAUCGCCCAGAUAAGCUUUGUUGUAGUUUACAAAGAGCUUAAGAACUCUGUUUUUGGUGGAAGUAUAAAGUUGAAAAUAGCUUAAUCACAAACUAUUAGAUUAUUGUCAAAGCUGUAACCUCUUAUUUAAACAGUUUUAUUCAACGGGAUUGAAAUAAAUUCUAUCUUUAACGAAUGUGAAGUGAAACACAUGAUGUCAGACUUUGUUAUUAGUUGGAAUACUGCAAGUUUUUUUUGGAUGCAUCCUUUCCACAUGUGUUUUAUUUCCACCAAAUUGUUGCAUCUGUGUACGGUUGUGGCAAGGUUUUUUUGUUUUUGUCUUAAAAACUGUACAGAAUACAGUUUGUCAAUUUUAAAAAUCAUGGACGUUGAGUGAAGGAUAUUGUGUCAAAACUGUAAUGGUUUAUAUCGAAUUGGCAUUUGUGGCUUCAGUCUUUUUUUUAUGAUGAUGGGAAAUAAUGGAAUAUUGUCAUUCAUUGUGACUGCCACAGACACUGGUUAUUACAGGGCUGUUUUUUCCUUCUGUGGUAAAACUGACAUAUAAUAAAAAGUGUCUUUUUUUUCUA